AGGACGUCGAACUGGCGUGGCUGGAGCGGACUUUGGAGGAUGAAGAUCCUGCAAAUAAACCUCCAACAUUCUAAGGCGGCGUCCGCAAAUCUCCUUAUCCACCUUGAGCAAGGUGGAGCCGAUGUAGUCCUGAUCCAGGAGCCGUGGCUAAGCAGUAGCGGUAUCUCCGGGAUCAGGACGCCUAAUUUCAAGCUGAUGGUGCAGAAUCAAGCAGGUAGACCAAGAUCCUGCAUGCUCAUCAGAAACGAACUCAAAGCACUAAUUCUACCUAAUUUCAGCAACGAGGACAUUGUGACUGUCAGCCUGGAUAGCGGUGCCGGAAAGCUCUGGAUCAUAUCCGCUUACAUGGCUCAUGAUGACGAGGUGGAACCACCUCCAUUACUGCUGCGUGAAGCCAUAGCCGAAGCGAGGCGACGGAAAGCCGACGUAAUUAUUGGGUCGGAUGCAAAUUCACGACAUUCGUGCUGGGGAAGCUCAGACAUAAAUGCAAGAGGUGAGUCACUUUUUGAUUAUAUUCUAAGUGAUGGCUCUUCUGAGAGCAAUAUCAAAUUCAAUCACACUUUGUUAAAUACAUUUUGA